UUUUUUUUUUGCUUUGCUGCAGUGGUAAUCGAAGAAUUGCAUAUUUGUUUCUCUAAUUUUUUUUUUCUUUCACCUCUAUUGAAUAAUGCAUGAAUAAAUUUUUGGUUUCGGCAUCCGCUCUGUGUGCUGAAAAAAAUAACUUUUCCUAUUCUAUAUAUUUCAUGCAACAUAAUGGAUAAUCAUCAGUCUGUGAAUAUCAACAACAGCAAAGUUGCUGCUGAUCAAACUGAUUCAAUUGGCGACGACAUCGAUCCACUCUGCUGCUGUGAAUACUUCAACAGAAACGACGAACGCUAUCACAUCCUAGAAUGCUGCUGCAAUUGUACUGACUUUGAUCAGGUAUUCGAUAGAUUAAUUUGUUGCAAAAAGGUCGAUCCCAAACACAGCACCGGAAUGUUGCUAACAUUUCAAGAUCGCUUGCGCGUUCCAUGGCAAGGUGGAGCAAAGCAAAUAUCCUUGGAUGCAAUUGUUCCAAUGCUAGUCAUACCUCUGGUAAUCGGAAUCGCCGCAAUUAACUCGGAAACUGCACUCAUAAUGUGCAUUGCAACAACAUUGCUACUUGGCUAUUGUUACUACUACUUGCGACGCACUGUGCCGCGAACUAGGUUCUUUGUCAUGUGGACAUUUUGGUCAGUUUUCUAUCUAAUCAUUUUGUUCGAGUUCACUGUGCCAAUGAUGGAGUUGUUGCCAGAGGAGAACUUCUUUCUGGUUUUAUUGGCAUCAGUGACUAUGUUUUGCUUUUACCGGGUUAAGACCCGAGCUAAUUUGAACCAUGUUCCUGUGAGCAUUGUCUCAGAGGACGAAUUACCAGACAUUACCGAAGAGCAAACAUCUUUGCUCAUUGACAAUAGCGAAUCGGAUGAGGGUGACCAUCAUCAUCCGAACGUUUGCCAAGUCUGUCACAAGUAUGUGCAGCCGCGAACAUUCCAUUGCACAAUUUGCCAGGCAUGCGUUGAACGUCAUGACCAUCACAGUUACUGGCUGGAUUGUUGCGUUGGAGAUAAAAAUCAUUUGUAUUACUUCCUUGGGUUGUUGUUUGCUAAUUGUGCUCUACUGUUUGGAGCUAAUCUUGCAACUACAGCUGUGUGCCAUCCUGUGCUGGUUUUUAAAUUUAUGGGAGUUCCAGUAUUAGUUCCUGACGAUUGUAAUGAUGUUUUUGAUGAUUAUGAAACAAGUUUAGCCUUCAUAAUGGCCAUUUAUGCGUUGAUUAUGAAUUUCUUUGUAUUGAUUGCGUUGAUUAUGCAAAUGUAUUUGAUCUCAAAGGGAAUAACGCUAUCCGAAUGGAGACGUGGACAAUCUGGAAACAGAAGAAGUAUUUUAAACAAUCUUAAGUGCUUUUUCAUUGGUGGCACAUAUUAAAGAGGAGAUCGUUUUCUUCUAUAUUCUUCUCCGAUCUGAUCUUUUAAUUCCAAUUUGUAUCUUUUGGAAUA